AUCGGAGCCGGCAAAUUGUAUCCAUUUGCGGCGGAUCGGCUGGUUACCGACAAGAAGCAGCAAUGAGCUCGUUCCAGGGUCGCAUGCACGAAUACCCCAGCAUCUCCAUCGAUAGGUUUGACAGAGACAACCUGCUGGCCAAAGCUUAUUUCUUGUCGCAUUGUCAUAAAGAUCAUAUGAAAGGAUUAAGAGCUCCUGUUCUGAAACGCCGACUGGAAUGCAGCUUGAAGCUGAAACUUUACUGUUCCCCGGUAACAAAGGAAAUUCUGCUAACAAGUAAAAAGUACAAGUUCUGGGAGAAUUAUAUUAUUGCUAUCGAAGUUGGAACUCCAACACAAAUUUCCUUGGUUGAUGAGGCAACUGGUGAGAAGGAAGAUAUUUUAGUUACCCUUCUACCUGCUGGACACUGCCCUGGAUCAGUCAUGUUCCUGUUUGAAGGUGGCGGUGGCACAGUGCUGUAUACAGGAGAUUUCAGACUGGCCAAGGGAGAAGUUGCUCGUAUGGAAUUAUUGCAUUCAGGUGGCAGGAUCAAAGACAUUCAGAGUGUUUACUUGGAUACAACAUUUUGUGAUCCACGAUUUUAUCAAAUCCCAAGCAGGGUGGAGUGCCUGAAUGGGAUCCUGGAGUUGGUGAGAAGUUGGAUCACACUCAGUCCUUACCACGUCGUGUGGCUAAACUGCAAGGCAGCAUACGGAUAUGAAUAUCUCUUCACUAACCUCAGUGAAGAAUUCUCGAUUCAGGUUCAUCUUAACAAGCUGGAUAUGUUUCAUAAUAUGCCUGAAAUUCUACAUCAUGUCACCACAGACAGAUCAACGCAGAUUCACGCAUGUAGACACCCCAAGGAUGAGGAUUUUAUUCGUGGAAACCGACUCCCUUGUGGCAUUACAGCGAAAGAUGGGACUCCACUUCGCAUUAUCAGCAUUAAACCCUCCACCAUGUGGUUCGGUGAAAGGACAAAUAAGUCGAGUGUAAUUGUAAGAGGAUGGUGGAAUGAGCUGCCAAGGAAGUGGUGGAGUUUGAAGCCACUGGGGAGGAAGUGCUUAGGAGAUGGUGAACCCAUGUACAAACCACUGGGCAAGUUGAAAAGAUCAAGGAAUUGUUUUAUCAAGGAGCAAGAUGGAGACUAUGAUGACCUUUUUGAUGAUUCCCAUCUAAUUCCAUUGAAGCAGAGGUUACAGUGUGCUCCACGUUCACAGCUGGAUGAAGAAAACAGGGACCCGGAACAGCAGAGAGAGCAACAAGUCGACGAAGAGAGCGUAAGUAAACGCCCCAUAUAUGUCAAUACAGAGUUCCUAGAGUGUGAAGAGUCAAAUGAUGAUGAUGACAACGACGAAGAUGAAGAGGACAAAGAAGCUGCAACAGUUUACCAGAAAAGGGAGCUGAAUCCCAUUUGGAAGGGAUCAGUCCCCGAUCUCUCAGUGCACUGCUCCUCAGGAGGGAAAGCAGGUGAGACCGGGUCGCCACAGUGGGAUAUGUUCUUCAAAGCGGAAUCCGUUUUGAUAUCGGAAACCGAAGAGGAUUCUGAGCCUCUGAGGGAGCAAGAGGUGUGUUCACAAUCGCCAAAACUGUUCAGUGAUUCUGAGGACGGAGAUUCGGUCCACCUUCCCUCUCAAACAUCGUCCCAAUCGACACAUAUAUCUGAACAAGGAAGUCAGGGCAGCCUGUUUGGUGAGCCAAAUCACAUUCCAGAAAAUAGAAUGGGCUCUGGGAAAUUCACCAAAGAGAAACCCCCAUUCAGCACAGCUCUGGAUGUUGAGAAAAGCAACAUCAACUGGGAUGUUCAGCAACAUCAUCAAUUCCAUCCAGAUCUGUCUGCUGCACUGCUAAAUACUGAUCAUUCAAACAGUAGCCAGAAGGGAGAGGGACAACAAAAUUCAAUUCCUGUUUUCAAGUCUGGCUCACAGACAUCCUCAGACUUUGAAAUACCAUUAACGCCAGACUCUGACCUGCCACAGCCAGAGGAACUAAACAUCCUUUACAAUAAAUUAGCUUCUGGCAAAACCAUAACAAUCAAGGCACCUAAACAGAUAAGUGGUGGUAAAUCCUAGCAGUACAAUUGUGGAUACAUCCCAGUGUCGGAGAUGAGAAGCACAACGCCAGAACAAAAAAGAUCCAUCGGAUUGUGAUCAAUUUUCUUUCUACAACUAUUGACUGAUGGGGGAAUUCACAAGAUUUUAUGUUUUGUACACUCUCAACUAUUGUUAUUUAUCACAAACGUUUUGUAUUUAUUCAUCAACUUUGGACAAAUAUUUGUUCCCUCAGUUCUGAGAACAGUUCAUGGCCAAUACUACCCAGUAGGAUCAUAUACUACUCCCUCAAUGGGGGACCGCAGCAAAUAAAAGACAUCUGUUCCUUUAUGUACAAUCGCAUUACAGAACAUUUGUUUCACCAGCCAUUGUCCAGCGAGUCAAGUCUUAUACUCUUCAUUUGUAUAGUCUUCAAGACAGAGUUUGACAUUAUCUUUUUGUGGACAAUUUCCCCUUGCGCUCUGCAAAAAUUGCUUUAGAUUUGUUGAGUCUUCAGCCAGAGGGUGGGGACUCUUGUGGAACUCAUUGCUGCAGAGGCCAAGUUAUUGAGUGUAUUCAAGGCACAGAUUGAUCCUCUUACAAGUCAAGAGCCUAUCUAUGGUUAGAGGGAGA